AUGCUGAGACUAGGGCUGUUUGAUGACAAGAAGGCUACUGGAAUAGUGCCACCUAAUCAAAGUAGUUAUAUAAAAUUUAUGAAGCACAGUGGAUGGAAAAAAAGAUCUACAUCCACACUAACUGAGAAACAGUGGCUUAACGCUUUAACAGAUAAGAAAAAUGAAGCCAUUCUCUUAGCUGGAAAUGGAUCAAUUCUGCACUACACCCAGACCCAGAAUGUUCAGAAAGAAGAGGAAAAAAGAGAUGCACAUGCUACAAGCUGGGAAGCUGGAAAUUGUCUUCUGACAUCUCUGAUGUAA